AUGGGUGGUAACGCCGCCGGACACCAUCCUUUGGCAGCAGCAACGAGUGGUGCCUGCGCGACGAUCGCCUCCGACGCUUUUAUGAACCCUUUCGACGUGAUAAAACAGCGCAUGCAAGUGCAUGGCUCGACUUACCGCAGCAACUUCGAGUGCGCCCGCACAGUCUUUCGAACAGAGGGUCUUCGCGCCUUCUACGUGUCUUACCCGACCACUUUGACCAUGACAGUACCUUUCACAGCGCUCCAAUUCACCGCAUACGAGUCCCUCACAAAGGUCAUGCAGAAACGACGAGCAUCGGAAUAUGAUCCUUUGACACACUGUACAGCUGGUGGACUAGCAGGAGGUUUUGCGGCAGCAGCAACGACGCCUUUGGACGUAGUCAAGACCUUGCUACAGACGAGAGGAGCGAGCUCAGAUAUGGAGAUCAGAGGAGCCAAGGGUUUAGUGUCUGCAGCACAGAUAAUAUGGAGAAGAGAGGGCACGAAGGGCUUCUUUCGGGGGAUGAAGGCUAGGGUUGUUACGGCCGCGCCUAGCACUGCGAUCUGCUGGUCAGCGUACGAGGUUGCAAAGGCUUACUUUAUUCGGGUGGAGAAUGAGAAAUAA